AUGUCAAGUGACUGCCACCCAUGGUACUCGGAUGGAACUCCUCGGGCUGGCAGAGCAACACUGCCUAACGGUCUUAGACUGACUGUUAAGGCUUCUGUGGCGGACAUGCUGUGGUCGAAGCAUGAAGACUUCACGACGUACGUUGCAUUUCGGGAUGACGGCAAGCUCAUAGCGACGGGGGAUGGAUCGGAACAA